AUGCACAUAAAUUGCCACACUCAUUAUGUUGAUCCUGGUAAGUUGAGUUUUAUCGGGUUUGCCGAUAAUCAGCUUUAUUAUUUCGAAUAUAUUGAGAAUCAUGAGACACCCCUUGGUAGAAUCCGAGAAAUCACUCUAAAAUCUCCAUUUAAGUGCCACAAUUUGGUUGGUUCGUUUAAUGGCUUGUUAUGUCUUAAGGGUCCAAAACAGAGAUUUUGUAUUUGCAAUCCCAUUACAAAAGAGUAUGUAAUUCUUCCCGAACCUGUGAGAAAGUAUGAUUAUAAUAAGUAUAGGUGGACCGGAUUUGGUUACCUUCCUUCAAUCGGUGAGUACAAAGUUGUUCUAGUGUGUUACGAAGAACGCCAUUUUGUAUAUGUCAUGGUGUACACUCUCGCCAGCGGAAAUGGUUGGAGGAACAUUGGAAAAUUCAAUCUUGAAUUUGACCAUGGUUGUUACGAACCUGGUAUCUUUGUGGAUGGAGCUCUUCAUUGGAAGGACAGAGAUAGGAAGAUGAUUAUAGUCUUUGACAUGGCUGAUGAAAAGUUCCGUGAAUCUCUUUCACUACCAGUAGACAAGCGCAAUUAUCAUAACUUAGGAGUUUUUGAUGGAUUAUUAUAUUAUGUUGUUGUGUUUUUUGAUUCAGUCGUUAACCACUGGUGUUCUGAUAUAUGGAUGCAUAAAAAAAAGAAUACCAACUAUGACAGGAAAGAGCAAACCACAUUGGAUUGGAGUAAAGAGUUUACUGUUGCCACCUCAGAUAGUACACCAUUAGCGGUUACAAAGACUGGUGGUAUCUUAGGUUGCGCAUCUUAUUGUCCUUGGUAUCUCCAUAUUUAUGACCCAAAAGCUUCCGCCUCAAUAAGGCGGGUUGAUUUUCAAGUACGCUUUUGUCAAGUAAUCCCUUACAAGAACACGUUAGUUUCAUUGAAAGAACUAGAAGAAGAAGGUACAAUAAUAAUGCAGUUGGUUAAGAAGCGAAAAAGGCGUGCAAACAGCUGGUCAUAA